AUGCUUUUAAACAUUUAAUUGUCAUAAAAAUAGAGUUUUAAGUUUAAGCUUGAAUUAAAAAACAAUAAAUUAAUAUCUUGUUCAUCUGAAAAUAAGUUAAUAUAAUUUUUUUAUUUUAUUAAACAAAAUGAAGAGUCGAUAAUUUUCUUAUAAAUUGAAAUUAAUCAACGGUCAAAGAGAUUAUAUUUUAUAAUUGAUUAAACAUUUAUAAUACAAAGUUAAGGUGAAUAAGUUAUUUCUAUUUACUAACAAUAACAAGUUGAUAAUUAUUUUAAGAAGGCUGAAAAAGUACUAUUACAUCAUGUAGUUAUAAAAGUUUAAAUUAAAUAUCUCCUUUAGUAGGAAAUAUAUAAACUUUAAUAAUAAAUUGAAUUUUUGAAGAAGGAUAAAAUCCAAGAUUAAUAAGAUAUUGCUUAAUUAAACUAUUAUCUUCGUGCUAUGCCAUUGAUUUCAACCAAUUUAAUUUAGAUAAAUAGUAAUUCUGUUAUUGAAAGUAAGUCAGAGAAAGUUUUAAAUUAUGUAAAAUAAUCUGUAAAAUGGUUUGGUAUUAUCUCAGAUCCAAUUUCAGUAGUUGGUUAUAUUUUUUCCAUCAGCAAUGAAGUGCUUGAUUCUUUAGUGGAAGGUAUAAGGAACAAAAAUUUAAGGCUAGGAUGAUAAAGUUAAACAAUAAAGCUUGCAGUUACACCAACAGAGUUAGAGAUAGAAAUACAAUUUACAAUUCGAAGCUUUUAGUUUGAUUAAAAAGCUAAAAUUGUAAUAUUGA